AUGGCGUCUGUGCAAUAUGGUUUUGAUCAAAGCAUGGAGAUUUUCAACGAUGAUCUAAUGAUCAUGUCGUUUCUGGAAGAAGAAUCUCCUGUGGAAAAUCAUAUAACCAACAACGAAGAAGAUGAAGAGAAAUUAAACCGCGUGAUUAGAUCACUAGAAGUGGAGAUCAACGCGAGCUCUCCAGCUAUAGAAUUUCGGAAAGUGGAUGUGCAACAGGAAAAAUCCGUUCUUGAAGAUGAUUUCCGGUGGCUUACCGACUUUGAUACUGGUGUGAUUUCGUCGCAAGAUGAUGAUGAGAUGAUGAAUUGGUGUACGGAACUUUCUUACAUGGAUGGUGUGGAUAGUAGUGUUCUUGAGAUUGAAGUUGGCGACUAUUAUUCUCAUAUUAACUAUGGAAUUGCAUUUGAGGAGCCAACUCUUUCUCUGUGGCAAGAGAAUAACGAUGUAGUUAUGUAUUGA